AUGCAGCUGUCCAGCGCCCAGAGAUCGUGCGUGGCGCGCGGGCAGGCCUCUAGGCGCCCGCGUGCGGUCUCGGUCGCGGCAGCUAAGACGCGUAGCAAGGUCGGAUUCAGGUAUGACCCGGCAAACUUGCGCUGGGUGCGCGAUGACCGCCUGGCUGACCUGUCGGUUGACGACUCAAAGACUGUCAUCCAGCCCAAGACAGGCGCGGCAUACCAGGCCUGGCCGGUGGUGCACACCGUUCUGAACGACGCCGGUCUCAAAACCGUCAGCUGUGAGGAGGCUGCCAAGCUGUCGAAGCAGGGCUGGACCCUGAUAGACGUGCGGCUGGCGGGCGACUUUGAGAAGUGGCACGCGGAGGGCGCGGUCAACGUGCCGCUCUACCGCUACGUCGAGGGGCAGGGCCCAUGGGACAACCUGAAGCGGCUGGCCAUGUUUGCCUUCGCCAUGAAGGCCACAGAGCGCAACCCCGACUUCAUAAGCGAGUUGAAUAAAACGGUCAAGAAGAAUUCCAAGAUCCUGGUGAUGUGCGCGAUCGGCGGCACCCUGGACACGCUGGUGUCGUACCGCCGGGAGAAAAAGCUGUACAACGAUCCCGAGAGGCAGUUUGGACGCGAGAGCCGGUCUCUCAAGGCGGUGUAUGAGAUGCUGGAGAGCGGCUGGAGCGUCAACAACAUCCGCCACGUCGACGGCGGCUUCCAGCAGUGGCGUUUCCAGGGCCUGCCCACAAACGACGACGAAGAGUAG